UUUACUCAGUAGUCAGGCAGACGUCAACAGUGUUGUCCAAUCACGAAAAAAAGAAAGGGGAUUUUUGCAGUAGCUUUGAGUCAGAUUCUGAUGGUAUCUUUAGUUGAAGUUGCUCUGGCAGUGUGUAGUAGCCAUGACAGAAGACAGCCUUCAAACAAUGACCUCGAAACGGGGCGGGUUGGGAUCUGGAGAGGGAGAUACAGAGCCCAGCAUGCUCCUUCAGAAGCUGAAGAGCAACAUCUCUAAGAAUGUACAGACCAAAGUUGACGCAAUUCUGCAAGACGUGCAGCGAUUUUCUGACAACGACAAACUCUACCUGUACCUCCAGCUGCCUUCCGGCCCUGGCACAGGGGAGAAGAGCAGCAACAGUGACUCCAGCUCCUGGAACUCAGCCGACCAGCUGCACACCUGCACCUGGAUCCGCAGCCACCUGGAGGAGCACGCUGACACCUGCCUGCCCAAGCAGGAUGUGUACGAGAUGUACAAGGGAUUCUGUGAUAACUUGCAGUACCGGCCACUGAGUGCAGCCAAUUUUGGCAAGAUUAUCCGAGACAUCUUCCCAAAUAUCAAACCACGAAGACUUGGAGGAAGGGGGCAAUCAAAGUACUGCUACAGUGGAAUCCGCAGGAAAACGGUUCUGAACAUGCCUCUCCUGCCCAAUCUGGACCUGAAGAAUGACCCAUCUGAGCUGACGGAGCUGGUCCAGUCCUACAACCAGGAGGUGAUGGAGGCAGCGUGUGAGCUGAUCUGCGACUGGGCGCAGAAGAUCCUGAAGCGCUCCUUCGACACGGUCGUGGAGAUCGCCCGCUUCCUGGUCAAUGAGCACAUCGUCAACCCGCGCUGCAGCCAGGCGGAGCUGGUCAGCUCCGCCACGCUGGCCGAAGGUGCCGUGAGACCCGUGAAGGUGAAAAAGAAUCAGGCCCAGCCGAAAGAGGGCGGGACAGAGAGUGAGGGAAGAGGCUCUGAAAACAAGGACAAAGAGGGAGGGGAGCAGGCCUCACCCAGCAAAGCGGUGCAGGGAGAGAAGCCCGCUAAGGGGGCAGAGUGUGCUCGGCCUGGGGGCUGCGACGUCCAGUUUGAGGCGGUGAUGAAGCGCUUCCCGAAGGUGCUGCCCCGCGGCUCCGUCCCGGACAAGACCCCGCUGCCCCUCCGCUCCUCCCCGCCCACGCUGAUGCCAAAGGAGGGUGGUGGCGUGAAGGUCACCCUGCCCAUCACCAUGGCAACCUUGCCUCAACAGCAAGGGGCCGCCCUCCCCGUCUUCAACAUGAUUUCGUACGUCUCGUACCCUGAGAAGGAGAAGGACGCGGCUCUCGCCGUGGCUACCGCGGCCCCCACGCCGGGAGUGGUGCAGAGGGCCCGCGCUGCGCCCAAGCGGGCCCCGGAACCAGCGACCGGCGAGGCAUCUGCAGGAGCCGUGGGAACGCCCCCCAAAAGGAAGAGAGGCCGACCCAGGAAGCCGCGACCAGAAGAGACGGGGCAGCCCCCGCCUGCUGCAGCCCAGGCCUCCACCCCUCUCUCUGGGGGGGUCAUCCAGAAAGCCCUGCCGUCCACGUCCUCCCCCCUGCAGCCCCAGGUCCAGGCCCAGCCUGAGGUGGUGAAGAUUGUGAUCCAGAACCAGCACGGCCAGUUCCCGGGGGCCCUCCCGUCCACACUAGAGGCACCGCCCGUCCUGGACAAGGCGGGCCUCGGCACCGCCAGCGUACAGGAGAAUAAAGGCCACAGUGAAGGCCAGCCAGUGCAGGAAGCCUCCCAGAAUGCCCUGCUGCUCCACACGGCGGGCCAGCCUGUCACAUCAGGGGCUCAGACCUGGGAGACGGGCAGGGCCAUGGUGGAGGUCAUCAGGAGAGCGCCUGUCACCAGGGAGGGGGCGCCCGCCCCAGCUUCAGCCCUGGGCUCCCAGACUGAGAAGACGCAGGAGGGGCAGGCUACUAUCACCCCAGCCCACUCCUUCGCAGAGCCACAGCUUGCCUCCGCCCCCACAGCGAGCAGCACUGACCGUCCCCAGCCUACUGCAGCCUCCCAGACUUAGAGCCUGUCGAUCUCAGGAGACAAGUGCCAUUUUGCUUCCACGGUCCUACUAUUGUCUAUUAGAAGCAGAUUUGAUUUUGUUCUCUAGUCUGUUGGUGGAAAUAUGUGACUGACGCUUACAGUGGCCAUUUGGAUUCAUACCACCAGAUAAAUGCAUCGGUCACAGCCAGACUGCAGCCACUCUAUCAGCUCGAAAGACUUGUUAGAAAAAUGGAAAGUCAGUUCUGUGGUGUUAAUGGUGCUGCAUUUUUUAAACAGGCGGGUUUAAAAGACGGCUAUCCCUGUGAGGGUGUCCUUAAGUGCAAAUGAAAUGGUCUUUACGGGUUCAGACUCAUAGGUACUCAUGAGUAUCAGUGCUGCCCUCAUCAGGGUUUUUCUGUGCUUUUAUUUUAUAAGACAUUUUGGGAUAUUUUGUACAGAUUUAUCAUUUACUGUGCAGUUAAUGAAUGUUAUACUUCAUAUACCUUAUAAUCAAAUGCUGUACUCUGUCAGAGACCUACAGUGAGCUUUUCAAAUGGUUUUUUUUUGUUUGUUUUCAUGCCAUUGUAUGUUAUGUAUGUAUGUGCAUUAACAUCUCCCCAUUCACCUAUGGCAGGGCAAAUAACAGGCUUGGGUAUUUCAAUAUGGCCAACCAAACACUCAACAAAAGAAAGUAAAUCACAUCUUAAAGGGACAUUGAUAUGUGAGGAUGGUACACAGUACACAAAUGUCCUUUGGCUCCAAGCACGUGCAGUACUACGGUUUGAUACUAAACCUCUGCCAAUGUUAUUUGAAUACAUUUCUAAGGUCUGAGGACUGUUACUUUGAUUACUUGGAGAGGCUAGUGAAGGAAAGUGCAAAUGUCUUUGUCUGCCAUGUUUGAAAUUGCAUUUAUAACUUAUUUUUAUAAUGUUAUUAUUUGCUACAUUAUAAUUUUAUUCCUGAAAUGUUAUGUUUAAUUUGAGUCGCAAUGCCUUCACAGCAUGUAAAAGUGGCUGUCGCACACCUUGUAAGUUAUUUACUUUUAGUUACUGGCACUUAAGGUAUUUAUUGAAAGCAAGCGUAUGUUUGCAGGUCGUUCCUGGGCACUGUGGCGUUAAUCGCACCUCUUCUGCUUCUUAGCACAUAGCUGGCAAUCUGCUAAAUUGAACAUUUGUUUAAACGGUGUUGAAAUAAAAAGUAACAAUCUGACUUUCAAAUUUAGUUUGCACAAAGCUGAGGAAAGGUGGCAAAUAAUUCACAACCAGUAGCUCAUUUUGGAUUCUCACAGUCCAGAUUGAGGAAAACUCUGUUGACUUUACUGUCAUUCCAUUGCUUCGCAGUGCUUCAUCUUGACUGAGUCAACAGUGUUGCCAAGUUGUAACUCCUCUAAGAUAAGUGCUUCACCCAUGAGGUCAACCUCAAUACUUUUAGAAGAUUGUGGCACAGUUUCCCAUCACAAUGCCGAAAGUCUCAAAUGCACAACCUGUAAACGGCUUUGAAAGGCACAGUCUGCAACUUCCUUUGAGAAUAUCUAGCAAUGGCCAGCCUAACAUAAAUCUAAAUGAUUCUGAAGAUCCUAUAGCAUGAAGACAUUAAGAAUUAUAUAAGCAACUUUAUAUAGUAGAAUCUAAAUUUAUAUAAGCAACUUUAUAUAGUAGAAUCUAAAUUUAUAUAAAUAUACUUCUAGAAGAAUGCAGACAUUUCAAAUGUAUAAACAAAUCAUUUGCUUUUACAGUCUUUUAAUGACCUAAGCCAGGAUUUUUAUUGUAUGAUUGUACACAUUUCUGCUUAUGUUUAAUUUUGAAUUUUGAAUGUUUUAUGGGUUGUACUUAAAACUAAAAAACCAAAUUAUUUUUAAUUGGACUGCACAAAAUGUUCACUAUAAAUAUUGCACCUUAUAUGUUAUUUAAAAUGUUUAACUGUGCACUUCUGUGAUAUCUUCCAAUUGAUAAGUAAAAAAUAGUGCUCAUGUGAACAUAUAUUUUCAUAAAUUCUUGACAUAAAUAUUGGAUUUGUGUGAGACACUAUUGUUGUACUUUCAUGGUAUAUUACAGUCAGCCUUUCAGUCAGUAACUGUCUUGUAGAUGUUUAAUUUACAACAACAACAAAAAAAAACAUUCUCCUCUGCACUGCCAUGUAAAAAUCAUAGUUUUUUUAUGACUCAAAACUAUCAGUAAUUUCAGUUUGUGUUUCACCUUAAUUGUGUUUGUUCAUGUUCUCUGUAGGUUGACAAUUACUCAGCAGUAACUAUAACAUAAUGUUAUCUCUUUUGGAGUACAUCCCUUGGUGAAAAUUUUGAAUCAUCCUGUUUGGUAUGAAACUCCAGUGCUGAAAUAAAAUGCAAAAAGAACCUAA